AUGGCUGUCGAAACUUCCCUUCCGGCAUUGCUAGCUACCCUUACACAGUCAUUGACUUCUGCAAUUGAAUCAGCUCCAGAAAGUUCGGUUGUCAAUUCUCCUGCAGAUGGCAUUUCACUCUUAGACGUGAAGAAUGAGCUGCUCCUAUCCUACCUUCAAAACUUGGUAUUUAUCAUAAUCCUCAAGAUCAGAAAUCAAAAAGAAGAUAUAUCCCGCGAAGAUGAAGAAGAAUUGGACAACGCGGUGGUGAAAAAAUUGGUGGAAUUACGAGUGUACCUUGAAAAGGGUGUUCGGCCUUUAGAAGGACGUCUGAAAUACCAAAUCGACAAAGUAAUCCGAGCAUCUGACGAUGCACUUCGAGCUCUUGCGCCUACACCGAAGGCUCUCGGGAGUAAAGAUGAUACACCAAGUGAUGGAAACGAUUCAGACUCUGAAGACGACAGUGAUGCGGAUGCGGAUGGGGUACCUGUCGAAACCGCCCAGAUCGAUGAUCUUCAGUACCGACCAAAUCCCUCCUCUCUCCUUAGACCUGCCGCUGCUAUAGAAGAUGAUUCAAAACAUUCCUCAGAUGGUGUUUACAAACCUCCUCGCAUCAUUGCAACGGCUAUGCCUACCACCGAACGUCGCGAAAAGAAGGACAGGAAAGUGAACAAAUCCGCAACCUUGGAUGAAUUCGUCAACACGGAAUUAUCUGCUGCACCAAUUGCAGAGGCUAGUAUCGGUUCGAAUAUCAUAGCCGGUGGCAGAAGAUCUAAGAGCGAAAAGGAAAAGAAGGAAGAUGAUGAGAGAAGAGAAUACGAAGAGAAAAAUUAUACCAGAUUACCGAAGGAGAGCAAGAAGGACCGAUCCAAAAAGAAUAGGGCUGGUGGAAGACAAGACGCUGGAUAUGGUGGCGAGGAAUGGAGGGGUUUGGGUGAGGGUGUUGAUAGGAUUGAGAGACUGACAAAGAGGAAGAGUGGUAGUGGAGGUGCAAUGAAGGAUGUUCUAGAGAAAAGUAGAAAGAGAGCUGUCGAGGAUGGUCCAAGAGGAAGCGGUAUGCAAAUUGGUGAGGGCUUUCAGAAGAGAUUGAAGAUGCUAGACGGCGGCAGAAAGGAUCGGGGUACAGGUAGGAAGUAG